AUGCAGUAUGCAGCAUGCAGUAUGCAGGAGGAGGAGGAGGAGGAGGAGGAGGUGGAGAAGCACCUGUCGCAGAGUCGCAGAGAGGCUGUGACGGGGCGUUGCUUGUCCGCGAUGCGGCCGCUCGGGGGCGCAGCGAGGCGCCCGGCAAAACUCCGGGCGUCGGAGGUCUGGCCCUGGGCGCGCCGCGAUAUUCUUGCAGCCUCCAUCGGCUGGUGUCGGUCAGCCGUACGUGCCAGAACGACAAGGCUGGUAAGGGGCAAUGCCGUGGCCGUGUGCAUCAAAUUGUCUUCCAGCCAGCCGCCUGGCGUGGAUUUGAUUAACUACUCGCACAGAAACGGGUCGUCUGGUCAGUCUGAUCGCUCGCGAAGCCACACGCCGUAA